AUGAUUGAACAACAACAGAUUAGUGGUGUUCCGCUUUCACCGCAAAUAUCUCCAGAUAAGGAAGAUCAACUGUCUCAAGAAUACGAACCAUCAUCACCUUCUGAUACAACUGAUUUUGUAAUUGAGGAAACUUUUGUUGAUACCACAGUAGAGACAGAGACGCAAGAGAAUAAGAAUAUCAACCCUACUAUAACCCCUCUUGUCAUUGAAGAAACUCCUUUAUCGAAGGAAGUAGCAUUAGAGUGUGUUGUCAAUCCAGCCAACGAACAAGAAGAGGAGAAAGGUGUAAAUAAUAAAUUAACUGAAAAUACUAGUAGUGUUACAGAAGACGAUAUUAAAGAAUCGCCACCUAAUAUCGAAGACGCGACGCUUGAACUUGCAGACAUUUUAAAUAACACUACAAACAUUGAAGUCAAAACCGACUGUCAAAAGACAAAAGAACCAUCUUCACCUUCGUUAACUUACGUUGCUCUCGACGACAACGACAAACUGGAUUCCUUAUUACAAAUUACCGCACCCUCACAAGCGACAAUGCCCUUAAAUCAUUUGGAAUACGAAGUUAUACAUGCAUCCACUUGGGAUGAUAAUUAUCCGCCACAUCAACUUUUGCCAAAAGACAAAAGUUCACCUGGAGGAGAAAUUAAACAUGGCAAGGGAUGGCAAUCGGCAAGACUUUGUAAAUACCCACAAGAAAUAAUAUUACAAGUAUCAUGUGGAUCAGCCCGAAUUCGAAAAUUGCAGAUAUUAUCACAUCAUUAUAAGAUCGCAACAAAAUUAGAAAUAUAUGUCGGGACUAUACAGCGAAGGAAAGAAAUAGUAGGCGUUAAUACUAAUACUGGAAGUAACAUUGAUGAACAAAAGACAUUAUCUUGGGACAAACUUACAAAGGUUAUUGAAAAUGACGGGUUAGAUCCGGAAGAAGAAUCAUCAUCGUCGUCCGAAGAAAAUGAUUAUGAUAUAAUUCGGCCGAAUAGUGAACCUUAUAUACUAUUUCGACGAUUAGGAUAUUGCGCUCUCGAUAACAACGAGCGAGCUAAUUAUAAAGUUCGAGAAUUAAAAUCAGUUCGCCUUGAUACUGAAGGCGAAUAUAUAAGAUUAGUUGCGCGUCGUUGUUAUGCAAAUCAUUUAAAUCAGUACAAUCAGGUCGGUAUAGUUGGGAUAACCGUUAUGGGAGAACCAGCUGAUCACUUACUUGCAGGUGAAAGUCAAAAAAUCCCUAUCGAGCAUGCUGACGAAGGUCUGUCACGUGUAGCAUCGCCCGAGACAUGUAUCGUCCCAUUCAUCCAAGAUAGGAUGAUUAAUAAUAAUCCAAAUGAUCAAAGUAAUUUCACAUCACUAUAUUCUAUUCUUCCCAACUCAUUAUUAUCAGCGGCGAAUAUUAGCAGUUCCACUACUACCAACCCGUUGCCCAAUGACACUAACAAUGACGCAAAAACGAACAAGUAUAACCCGGUAACCGCCAAUGAUUUCUUGAUAAAUGGCGAGGAAACGGAAAAAUUGUUAGCUGCGUUUGGAAGAGCAAAACAAAACGCGGCUGCCAAAGACGUAUGCAACCUCGAAGUAAUGAAAAAGCAGUCCGUUGAAGAUGAAGAUUUUGACAAUGCCGAGAAUUAUAAGCGUGAAGUCGAAUCCAUUAGGUUAGGGAUCCGUAACGCUCUAUCCGAUGAAGGUAUAGAUUUGGAUGAUUCAGGAGAGGUGAUCAGAUAUGAUCCAUCAUUACAAGAUAUUAUCGGAUUAGCUGAAGAAAUUGAGAAUGAUGUCCUAGAAAAUCAACAAACCAACCACGUAACUGGUGUACUUUCUGAGAAUGAACACCAUUUCAAACAAGACCAUUUAUUUGCCACUUCUGCACACAUUCCAAAAAGUCGAACAAACAGCAAUGCGUCAAUAGAUCGUUCUGGUGCACGAGCUCCAGAACCAAUGUUAAGUCGGAGGAGUAGUGAUGCAUCAUUAAACCGAUAUUUAGGAGGUAACAAUUAUAACAAUUACACGUAUGAACAACAGCAAGAACUCACGAGACCUACUACACCUACUCAUUCAACGACCCCUUUGCCUUGGACACCGUUCGUAGAUGAUAAAUCUUUAUUAGAUCCCUCAAAUGCAGUAGCCAUGACACAUCCACCACCACAUGAAUUACCUGAAAAUGAACCCGAACCACUCUCUAAAUUAGCUAGAUCUGCUUUUCAUUUAUCAAUCCCAUUUUAUGGAGAUGAUAUUAUUGCAUGUAUAUUGUCUAGUAAAUAUUUUUUAAGGGAUUCAGCCAUAGUUCAUGUUACAAAGAGGAUCGAUAUCGUUGAUGGUAAUGGUUUGAAUGUUGAUGGUAUCGAUAAACUUUUAUUAGUCAAAGCCACUUAUCAAGUUUUACAAGAGGCCUUAAAUGAUAACAGAGAAGAGUACACAUUACAAGUUUUGACUCUCUGGGAAAAAUUAAUCAAAUUUUGUGUUCACCACCAAAUUCCCAAUAGUUCAACAUGGAAAUCGGUUGAAAAGAGCUAUGAGCUAUUGUUCGGCAAGACAGCAGAUACCAAUGAUCGCGUAAAACGAAGUUCCAUUGAUCUGUUUAUCCUAUUAGCCAAGACUUAUAAGACACCGACUCAAUCAGUUUUAUCAUUAGUCCUUAAGCCUGCAAAGACACCAUCUCAACCGUUGAAACGAGCAAAGCCCACUGUCGAGUUAAUAACUAGAUUGGUUGAAGAAUUUGGGGUUGUCAGAAUUCCAAAAUUAAAAUUUGAUAAAGAUAACAAACUAAGUCUUGACGCUCUUAUGGAAGUAUCAAUAUCUUAUUUAAACAAUCAUCACGAUGAUGUACGCGAUGGAGCAGUAAAGCUUGUGGUUGAAAUCGUUAAACGCAUUGGUAAACAGAAUGUUGAAUCAUAUGUUGCGGAGGUCGAAACGUCAUUAUUAGAAAAUAUUUGGAACCUUGUGGCCGAAUGGGAAACAACGACAGGCAAAGUAGCAGGUGAAGUUCCUUCCCCCCCACCUUCACCCAAACAUAAACCUAAAGGUUUGACAGAAGAAGAAAAGGCCGCAUUGAAGAAUUAUGAUGUUGACGAAGUGUUGCUUCAAAAACCCUUGGCGAAACGCGGAACAGUUAAUCGACUAGAACAGCAAUUGAUGGAAUUACGGUUCAGGAUGAAUACUACAAAUCACAUUAUUAAGGAUGAAUAUGAUAAUUAUCUCGCUAAUACUACGAAAGCACAUUUCCAAGAUGAAUUAGAUGAAUUAGAGGAAUUGGAAUUGGAAGCUCAAUUAGUUGCGGAAAUUGAAGCAGCAGAAGCAGCAGAAUUAGAGGAACAACUAUUACUUCAAGCCGAAGCUGAAAGUAGAGGACAACCAAGUCGUGGCCAAACUCCUUCCGUUCCAAGAGGCAAGGCUACUGCUGCCAGCAAGAAAACUCCAGUUUCUCGUGGAAGUAAAUCGACAGCUCCUAGUAAAGCUGCUCCAGCAAAGAAAUCAAAAGAUGAUGGUAAAGCCGCUCCUAGUAAGAAAACUUCCUCAUCAAAAUCGGUCGCUGCUAAACCCGUAGCUCGAAGAGGAUCAACAGAUGAUGCAAAAUCAACAUCAAAAAGUGCAAGAAAACCCUCUGCUAAUAAUUCAAACCCUUCAACAGUACCAAGCAAAUUAACUUCCGAGCCCUUAACUGAUGAGCCUGAUGAAUCAAAGAGUGAUAGAUGCUGUAUUUUCUGUGAUGAACACGAUGAAAGGUAUACAGAGGAAAACUUGGUUACACAUUAUUGGAAUGAUUGUCCAGUAUUGACCAAUUGUCGUUUGUGCAACAUUAUUCUCGAGAUUUCUACUCUAGAUGAUCAUAUGUUAAACGAUUGUGACAAGAGUAAAUUUGUUAAACAAUGUCCUCGAUGUCGCGAAGUCAUUGAAGCUGAUGAUUUCCUUGAACACAUGGCAAAACAGUCUUGUAUGGCAAUACGACAAGAUAUCGUUCGCUGCCCUCUUUGUAAGACAGUUGUUAAGCCUGCGACUGAAGCCGGUUGGAAAGCACAUCUUAUAGAUGAAACCGGAUGCACAAAGAAUCGUAGAAAAUCAAAAUCACUCAUCAAAGAGAUGGAAGCUGCAGCAACAGAAAAACGCGAGAAGAAAACAACUUCAACAACUAAAUCAGCGACAUCAAAAACUCCCGCUCGUAAACCAACUGCUGCGAGCAAAGAUAAACCUAAGAAGGCAUCAACAACUAAAGUUUCAAAGUAUCCUAGAUCCAUUAAAUCAAUCUUUUCCUCAAUUAUUUUUGUAAACGCACAUACCGCUUUUGAACAAAAUUGUCUAACAUUAGUUGUAGCAUUAAAAUAG